AUGAACCUGCACAAGGAAAAGCGAAUCCCCCUGUGCUGCGAAAUUUGCUUAAAAGACGAAAAGGACGUAUCUGACGAAGUAAUAAAGACGGCAGCCCACAAGUGGCUGUUCUCCUUAGGAAUAACCAUAACGUUAGGGCGGCACGAUCCCAAAAAAAUUAACUGUGAAAAGUUGAACAACUCUUGCGACUAUAUAGUUAUCGAGCCAGCUGUGCCAAUAAAAAUAGUGAAGGAGAGCAACGAAAAUUACGACAAUGGAGUGUAUGGGAAAUUCUGCACUACGCAUUAUUCCGUUUAUGAAAUGAAUUCAUGUUACGAUGUGGACGUCCAUACGGAUAAUGCACCCAAUUGUGGUUUACCCAGUUGGGAGAAUUCUCACCCCAUGGAAGGGCCAAGAGAAGAAGAUGUGUUUGCAAAAAAUACAACCCUGUUGCGGAACCCAAAUUGUGAAAGGACAAAUAUGCCUAACCAUUGGGGGGAGCAAAAAGGACAGUGCCUUCCCAAUGGGCACAGCAACACCAACCUAAUUGGCCCUCUAGCCGUUCCACAAAAUGCUGUGAAUUCAUCUACCCAAUAUAACGAAAUACAAAACAAAGAGAUCUUACAGCCAAGUUCAAAAUUGUUAUUUACGAUCCCCAUGAUAGGUGAAAAAUCAACAUCCUCCAUGGAGGAAGAUCCAAUAAUUUUGCCAAACUUUUGUUGCAUUGUAAAUGUAGUCACGUACUACAAAAAUGACGAACUGGUGGAAGAACAAUUUAACGAACCAAGUGAAAAUGAAGAAGGUUCAGAUCAAGACGGGGAAAAUACUCAUGAAGAAAAAAAAAAAAAUGGAAAGAGCGUGCCCAUUUUUUCUCAAUAUAUUUUACCGCACUUACGUUUUCAUAAAUUAUGGGACAGUCUAUAUUAUGAGGAAAAUAUAAAAAGAGAUUUACUCGAAUAUGUUUCUGCUUUAAUGCUCUUUGCUACAAAAAAAAUUGAUCGCAAUUUAAUUAAUUAUAAUCACCUUGUGUUGUUGUAUGGACCUCCAGGAACGGGGAAAACCUCCCUCUGUAAAGCUCUGGCUAACAAGAUUUGCAUUCGUCUGUCAAAUAUAUAUGCGACAGGCGUUUUGAUUGAGCUGAACACCCACACGUUGUUCUCCAAAUGGUUUAGUGAAUCGGGGAAGCAAGUGCUAAAGUUAUUUAACAAGAUUAAAAGGAUAAUCGAGGAUUAUGGCGAAAAUGAUAUUUUCAUCUGCCUCUUGAUAGACGAGGUGGAAAGUUUGUCUGCAGACAGGAGGAGGUCCAUGGACAGCACGGAGCCCUCGGAUACUAUACGAGUCGUCAACACGUUGCUCACCCAAAUAGACUCCCUUAAAUAUUACCACAACACGUUGUUGCUCACCACGUCCAACAUUUCCGAAAUGAUCGAUGACGCCUUCAUCGACAGAGUAGACCUAAAGCAGUUCAUUGGGUUGCCAAACGAAGAAUGCAGAUACGAGAUUUACAAGGACUGCAUCGAAGAAUUGAUGGAGAAGGGUAUAAUUCACUUUUCCUCGAAGGUUCCGAAUUAUGAGCGAGUUAAGAAAUUGCUCAAGAACGGAGCGGGGAAAGAGACGGAUGAAUACAUCUACGGAACCGAACUGAUGAAGUGCGCCAGGAUGAGUAACGGUUUCAGUGGCCGCUGCUUGAGGAGAGUUCCCUUCCAAGCAUACGCCUACUUCUGCCAAGCGACCCUACGCUUUUACAAUUCGACAAAUAAUAACAAUCAGAAGGUUUUAAUUUCACUGGUGGACUUUUUGAUGGCUCUUCAGAGGGCCAUUCGAAAGGAAGUUAUGAAUAAGAGUAAAUUGAUGGACCAAAAGAAGUAG